CUGGAUCGCGCUAGGUGACUCCAGGCCCCGGAUCCGCUACAACAAGAUUACCUGCGAUUACGCCGACCCAAACAAAGGUCACCUUCAUUUUAAUCUCCACGCCCCCCGUCAGACCCGACUCUACCAAGGCUUAGCAAAACCAAAAAAAAACUCCGAACGACACCGUUGCCCUAUCUCACCCUUUCUCUAUCCUGUCUGCUCUCAGCUCUCCGUCUCCGACUCGUCGUCAUCCGCGAUCCAUCACAACGAAGUCCAGGUUUCUCCAUGUUGCAUGACACAAACGACAACGACCACCCGACGACCCAGGCACCUAUCACGUCGCCCUUUGUGAGAGAGCGAACUUGACUGAAUCUGCCGAACAUCCCGUCAACCGACAAUCUCUUCGACCCGAAACCCCUUAAUCGAAUACACAGACAAACAAUAAUCCAAAAAUGAACGCCCUUCAGCAGAAGUGCCGGCCCAAGCACCAGGUCUUGGUCCUCAAGUGCUAUCCUCGAACCAUCAAGGGCGCCGUCGAUGUGAAGCCUAAUUCGAGCGAGCUGAGCUACCUCCUGUUCUACUGCCAGUCGCGCCGCGCAAAAAUCCAGAAAGUUGGCAGCUUCCUCGAGAAGAAGACUGCCAGUGAUGUCUACCACCAGAGGAUAGGUAACGUCCAGGUUACCCUUCAGAUCCUCGCUGCCUUGAUCGAAAAGUCUCCCAAGGACCUCCCCCUGUUCGCAUCAUGUGUCCUCAGCAUCCUCGAGCAGGUCCUCAAAUCGAGCGACAUCACCAUGGUCGAGUCUUCGAUCCCGACCUUCCAGGCCUUCUGCGAGAACCAUGACCCUACCUCGCUCGCCGCCGACCAGGCCUAUUUCCGCCAAUACGUCUCUGUUGUCCAGCAGUACGCCUCUCUUGCCUCGACACGUCCUGCGCCUGGGAAGGCACAGCAUAGUAAGCCUAUCGCUCUGCGGUGGAGGAAUGCCGGUUUGGAGGCCAUUAGGAGUGUCGCCUCUUCCGACGCCCUAUCUUCCAUGGUUGCCCGCCAGUACGAUAUCCUUGUCCCCAUGAUUCUGGAAAACCUAUGGACGGAAAACGAAGACUUCCUCGACGUCUUGCUGCAGAGAGUCCAAGGGGACAACAAUGUCGAGGAUGCGCCGCUGUUGCGGAGGAGGACGAGCAAUGCCACGGCCCAGCCAUCUGAGACGACCGGCGGUGAGCCUGGCCCCAACCCCAUCGCUUUCCUGGGAACCGCGGUGGAUGUCGACAAGCUGGCGGAGGAAGAUAUCGGCGUCUUGGCCAUGCAGUGCUUGCGACAGGUCUUUGUUGCGCCCAGCCGAUCUCAGACGCACAACCCUACCAUUGCUCUGCUCAGGUUCAUCGAGGAGCGAGUGGACCAGAACGAACAGGUCGUCAAGAGGGAUGCUCACGGUAAGGACAAUGGGUGGGCGAUCAAGGUGUUUUUGAUGGCGGCUCGGUGGGCGCCAGUCGCGGACAGAUUCACCAUUCUCCUCACAGCCAUUGAGGUGCUUACGCAACGACCCCUGACCGACGACAACCUGCGACACCACAACACCCAGGCGGCUAUGAUUAGCGCUCUCUUGCGCUCGGAUGUCAACCUGAUCGGCUUGAGCGUCAUGGACGUCCUUCUCAACCUCCUUCGCCAUAUGCAGAGGCUUGUUCAGAUGCCAGGGGACCCGGAUAGUAUGAGGGUCGAGGACGAGACAAUCGGCACCGAUGAAGGGGCUAUAGGACAGCGUAGAGAGUUGUUGUUCAGGCUGCAACAGUGUGUUGGCGACUUGGCCACUCACGUUUACUACGCCGACCAGAUCUCGGACAUGAUCCAGACGAUUCUCCUUAAGCUACGGCCAUCCAGGCCGACCAGCCCCCCGAACUCCUCGCCAAACGGAGAGAGGUCGGAUAACGGAGCCGCUGAGGACCAACCCCUCGAAUCUCUUUUCGCUCUUACUGUCGCCAAGAUUGCGGCGCUUAAGGCUAUCAAGGCGAUUCUUUGGGUUGCCAGUCCCCGCACAAAGAUGAGCGGCGGCCACAUCAACCUCUCCAGGAAUCGUGUCCCCAUCCAGACCUGGGAUGGUACCCAAUGGCUUCUGCGGGAUCCUGAUGGCCUUGUACGCAAGGCAUAUGUAGAUGCUGUUGUGACUUGGUUGGAUCGGGAGACCACACCAGCAGACUCCCUAGCGAGGGACGAGUCUGCCAGGACAACGCUGAAGAACCGGGCUGCGCAGGAAAACAAUCUGGCUCGCCGGGUCGUCUCAAGCGCAUCUGCCCGGGUGGACAAGUCGGCAAAUGCACCACGUUCGCAUUUCUUGCAGCUCCUCCACCUUGCUAUCUACGACCAUGCUUUGCAGUUUGUUGACUACGAGAAUGAUCUGGUGCUGCUCCACGUACUCUUGGCCAAGCUCGUGAGUCAGCUCGGUGUCAAUGCUGCCAAGUUUGGUAUUCCCAUGAUCUUCAGACUCCAAGAGGAUAUCCAAGAUGUUGAGACGCCCCUUGGAAAGGUCCGCAUUGGCAGCUUGGUACAUGGUUACCUCUGGACUCUGACCGAGAAGUUUGACUGCGAAGGAACUGCUCCCGGGAGCGCCAUCCACGGCGAGAUUAUCAGGCGCCGUAGCAAGAACUUUUGGGUCGAGGGUAUCAACAUCCCCGCUCCUGCCGUUGACCUCGUAGGCACACCGGGUCAGGCACGCCCCCCACCACAGAUGAACAUGCGGGAUCUCGAGUCCGAGGCGCUUUUGCCGUUCGAUGAGCGCGCAUCCCUGGUAGACUGCAUCUGCACAGGCUAUCAGGAACUGGCAACCUCCCCUCCUACAAGCCCGACCACUAGUCCCGGUCGGAACUUCACCCACCCGAUGCUCGGGUCGACGUUGAGCGCGACCCCCAAGGACGAGACUCAGCGGGAAGUCCCAGCACAAUUUCGCGAGCUGAUGCUCGGCGACUGGACACGCGAAGCAGUGCUCGCCAACACGCAAGCCGGCAGCAGCCAGACCGCCUCGCUCAACGGCACAAACGGUACUCACCGCAACACUGUCAACAACAACAAUCGCCUCGGCGUAAACGGCGUGACCUCACCAAACGGCAGCAACUCCAACCUCCGCCCUUCGUCUUCCCCAACAGGCCCCAACGGCGUCCAAGCCGGCAGGACGCGCAAGACCAGCAUCCGCAGCAACGGCGGCGGCGGCUCACCCGCCCACUCUACCUACAGGGCUAAGGCUCAACAACCAGUCACGUCCGUGGAGCAGCUCAAGGCCGUUCUGUCAGGCCACCUCCAACCCCCGCCGACCUCGCACGGCAUCAACUUCCAGCACUCUGAUGAUAGCGACGAUAGCCUCGUCAGCUAUGACAUGGCGCCUAGCGAGCUGUCGUUCAACCCGGCCGCCUCUGGCAGCAGGCAGGGCUCACCCGGUAAUACCAGUCAGGCCGCUUCCAGCCCGCCACGCCGCACAUCCCAGGAUCGGACUCAGCAGCUGAAGUUCGGAGGGCCGCUGGUUCCGGGAGAGGAGAGCGUCGUCAACGGUGCUGGUGGUCAAGAAGGAUCCAACGGCGCCGCGGGUAACCUCGGCGUCCCCAUCUCGCGAACUACUUCCCGCACUCAACCCCAGGCUACUACUGCGCACACCACCCUUCCGAGGCCAUCAACUUCCUCCAAGAGAAGCAUCAAGAGCCGGGCGGGCUCUCGGGCGGGACCAAUGUCCUCGUCCUGGCUGGGAGAGAAGCCUCCCGCUAUGGACCUGGCGGCUUUGUUGAAGGGAAUUGACAGUGCUUCGAUUAGCGAUAUCAAGAGUCUGGGGGCUGGGGGGAAGCCUCCUUACUAAGCCGAUUAAGAAGAAAGAGGAGGGAGGGAAGCUGGUGGGUGGUGUUGAAUCUAGGAAGGGAAAGGAGAAACAAAAAAAAACCAUAUAUCUUUUAGCGGGGUCUGGUGUCUUUUUUUUUCUUUUCGUUUUUUUUUUUUUGUCUUUUGUGACUUAUUUAUUGACUGUUAUUCUUUUUUCUUGACUUCUCUAUUUAAAGUUGAUUAAUGGGGUUUGAACUUUUGGAGCUGGAGCGGGCAGGAGCGGCAUGAAGGGAAGAUGGUGGGGGGGUUGGGAGAGGAGGAAGGAGGUUACGGAAGGGGAGUAGUAUAUCGUUAGUGGGAUAAGUUACUUACUAGCGUUGGCAAAAAAAAAGGAAUCUUUCAUGUGUCUUCAGUUGUUCUUGUUCUUGUUCUUUUGUUUUUAAAGAAAGGGGCGCGCGCGGGCGGACAUAUCGGUAUACUGCCACUCACCUUUUCAUGUUCUUUGUCAUCACCAUGUUACCUUAUCUCUUUACUGACUGACUUGGUUACUGGUUUCACUUGGCUCAUUGGCUUGAGCUGCGGUUUUUUUCCUUUUUUUCUGUUUUGUUGUGCUGAGCCACAACUAGAAGUAACUUUAUGUACAUUGCCGAGCUACCUACAUUUCCUUUUCGUUGCAUGUGGGGGAUAGAGAGAUAAAUGUAAGACAAAACAAAAGAGAUAUGAAUAUGGAAGGGACUCAACCGUCUAUCGACUUAUUCUCCAC